GGUGUUACUCAGAGUCUUUUAAUUUGCUGCUCCAAUAAAAAAUCCUUUUUCCUCCUCCCGCUCUCGCUUCUUGCCAUUGCUGUUUCGAGCUCUCGCUCAAAGCCCUAAUUUUCCUUUUCGUCUUUCCUCUCUCGCCAUGAAGCUCGUUAGGUUUUUGAUGAAAUUGAACAACGAAACAGUUUCAAUCGAGCUUAAGAACGGAACCAUAGUUCACGGAACCAUUACAGGUGUAGAUGUUAGUAUGAACACUCAUUUGAAAGCUGUGAAACUCACUUUGAAAGGGAAGAAUCCAGUCACAUUAGACCACUUAAGUGUCAGAGGAAACAACAUUCGCUAUUACAUUCUUCCAGACAGCUUGAAUCUCGAGACUCUACUGGUCGAAGACACUCCAAGAAUCAAACCGAAAAAGCCAACUGCAGGGAAGGUUCCACCAGGUGGUCGGGGACGUGGGCGCGGAAGAGGCCGUGGACGUGGCCGUGGUCGUUAAGGAUUUUGGCGUGUUCCAAAGUUUGGUCUCUCUUCUUUUAUUGUAACAGCAGGAUUAUAAAAGAUCUAUCUUGUAGUGAGAUUUGGUUGUCAUGAAGAAGACAAAUUCUUCUUAUCUUUAAGUUUUCAUGAUUUUGAGUUUUGAUACGUUAUUGCUAAACUUAUAGCAUUCUGCAAUAUCAGUAUCGUUUAUUGUUGAUUU